UAACCAGACGUGCAACUCAUUUAGAUGCCCCCUCCUUCUCCUUCCCCGCCUCCCCCUUCUCUCUUUCUCCUCGUCUUUAGCUGCAUGUCGCUCACUCAGUCGAUCAGUGGCUCCGCUCCGCUACACGCCUGCGUCCGCCUCCACAGCUCUCCAAAGCCGAGACGCGCCACCACCGCCGCCGCAGCUGCAGCCGUCAAUGCGGGCAUGACACACUGGCAGCAGUAGUGGGCUUCCGUCAGCCUGCUUUUUAAGGCAGAUCACACAGAGGAAUAAAGAGUAGGAGACAGUGAAGUGACUCCUUGCUGCUUGUGCCGUGCGUCGAGACGAGUAGAUGAGCCAAUGGCUGGGGCACAGCCGGGAGUUCAUGCGCUGCAGCUCAAGCCAGUGUCCGUGCCCGAGAGCCUGAGAAAGGGCAACAAAUUCAUGAAAUGGGACGAUGAUUCCACCACUGUGACCCCGGUGACUCUGACAGUUGACCCCAAAGGUUACUUCUUGUAUUGGACCGACCAGAACAAGGAUACAGACCUGCUGGAUAUAGCGUACAUAAAAGAUGCCAGAAAUGGAAAGUGCACCAAAACACCAAAGGAGGCAAAGCUGCGCGAGCUGCUGGACGUCAGCACGCUGGUGGGGAAGAUGGAGAACAGGAUGCUGACGGUGGUGAGCGGCACCGACAUGGUCAGCAUCACCUACCUGAACUUCAUGGCCUUCCAGGAGGAGAUCGCAAAGGAAUGGGCUGAAGAGCUGUUCAACCUGGCCUCUAACCUCUUGGUACAGAACAUGUCCAGAGAAGCCUGCCUCGAAAAAGCAUACACUCGGCUGAAGCUGCAGCUCAACCCCGAGGGACGAAUCCCUGUCAAGAAUAUCUUCAGGAUGUUCUCGGCAGACAGGAAACGUGUGGAGACAGCGCUGGAAAACUGUAACCUCCCUUCUGGCAGAAGUGACUCCAUCCCUCAGGAGGACUUCACUCCGGAGGUGUACGGCUUGUUUCUGAGCAACAUCUGCUCUCGACCCGAGCUCGACCACAUCUUCUCUGACGUGGGGGCUAAGAGUCGACCUUACCUCACGGUGGAGCAGAUGACGGAGUUCAUUAACAAUAAACAGCGAGACCCUCGACUCAAUGAGAUUCUUUACCCUCCUCUCAAGCCGGAGCAGGUCCAGCUGCUGGUGGACAAAUAUGAACCCAAUGCUUCGCUGGCACAGAAAGGUCAGAUCUCGGUGGAAGGCUUCGCCAGGUACCUGAACGGGGAAGAGAACAGCAUCAUCCCCCCUGAGAAGCUGGACCAGAGUGAAGACAUGACCUUUCCCCUCUCCCACUACUUCAUCAAUUCCUCACACAACACAUACCUCACAGCCGGUCAGCUUGCAGGCAACUCUUCAGUGGAGAUGUACAAGCAGGUCCUCCUGUCCGGGUGCCGCUGCAUCGAACUGGACUGCUGGAAGGGUCGCACCACCGAAGAAGAGCCCGUCAUCACUCAUGGCUUCACCAUGACAACUGAAAUCUCCUUCAAGGAAGUGAUCGAGGCUAUCGCAGAGUGUGCCUUCAAGACGUCACCUUUCCCUAUCAUUCUGUCUUUUGAGAACCACGUAGACUCACCGAAGCAGCAGGCUAAGAUGGCAGAGUACUGCCGGUCAAUAUUUGGAGACGCAUUACUGACAGAACCUCUGGAGAAAUAUCAGCUGGAGUCAGGCGUGCCGCUGCCAAGCCCGAUGGAGCUGAUGGGGAAGAUCCUGGUGAAGAACAAAAAGAAACACCACAAGACGGACGGGAGCACCAAGAAGAAGCUGAGCGAGCAGGUUUCCAAUACCUACAGCGACUCUUCCAGCGUGUGUGAGCCGUCCUCGCCGAGCGCAGGUUCAACCAGAGAGGAGAUGGCGGAUUCCUCCCAGCCCUCGGAGGGAGCCGAGCUCAGCCUGAGACCACAGGGCAGAAAGUCCAUCGGUGAGGUGGAGGCUGAAAGUGAGGAUGAAGAUGACGACGAUGAUGAUUGUAAAAAGGGCUCAAUGGAUGAGGGCACAGCAGGCAGUGAAGCGUUUGCCACAGAGGAAAUGUCCAACCUGGUCAUCUACAUCCAACCUGUCAAGUUUAACAGCUUUGAAGCUUCCAAAAAGAUGAGUCGCAGCUACCAGAUGUCGUCCUUCGUAGAGACCAAAGCUUUGGAACAACUGACCAAAUCCCCUGUAGAGUUUGUGGAGUACAACAAGCUGCAGCUGAGCAGGAUUUACCCUAAAGGCACUCGAGUAGAUUCAUCCAACUACAACCCUCAGCUCUUCUGGAACGCCGGCUGUCAGCUGGUGGCUCUUAACUUCCAGACUAUCGACUUGUCGAUGCAGCUGAAUCUGGGCAUGUACGAGUACAACGGGAAAUGUGGCUACAGACUGAAACCGGAGUUUAUGAGACGGCCGGAUAAGCACUUUGAUCCUUUCACUGAGAGCACAGUCGACGGGAUAGUAGCCAACACACUGUCCGUCAAGAUCAUCUCAGGCCAGUUCCUGUCAGAUAAGAAAGUCGGUACAUACGUGGAGAUCGACAUGUUCGGCUUACCUGUGGACACCAAGAGGAAAGCGUUCAAGACAAAGACGUCUCAGGGUAAUGCCAUCAACCCCGUCUGGGAGGAGGAGGCCAUUGUUUUUAAGAAGGUUGUUCUGCCCACGCUUGCUUCACUGAGGAUAGCAGUGUUUGAAGAAGGAGGGAAGUUUAUCGGCCACCGCAUCAUUCCUGUGUCAGCCAUCCGUCCAGGCUAUCACUACAUCAGUCUAAGGAAUGAGAAGAACCAGUCGCUGACGCUACCUGCUCUGUUUGUGUACGUUGAAGUGAAAGAUUACGUCCCAGACACAUUUGCAGAUGUCAUCGAAGCCUUAUCCAAUCCCAUCCGUUACGUCAACCUGAUGGAGCAGAGAGCCAAUCAGCUGGCUGCUCUCACCCUGGAGGAGGGAGGAGAGGAGGAGGGGGACAAAGAGGUGGAGGCAGGCAGUGAUGCUCCCUCAGAGUCUAAGGUGGACCAGAGGGCAGCGCUGCCUUCAGAGAACGGACUGAGCCACACACCCAUCAUCACCCCGAAGCCUCCCUCACUGGUCGGACACCAGCCUCAGUCUGCAGGUUCAUUGAAACCAUCAGUGAAGACUGAAGACAUCAUUCAGAGUGUCCUCACUGAACUGGAGGCUCAGACGGUGGAGGAGCUGAAGCAGCAGAAGGGCUUCGUCCGAGAGCAGAGGAAGCAGUACAAGGAGAUGAAGGAGCUGGUUCGGAAACACCACCGCAAGACCAGCGAGCUCAUCAAAGAGCACACGGCUCGAGUGUCCGAGCUGCAGAACCAGCAUCAGCGGCGGCGCUCAGCCCUGCAGAAGAGCCACAAACGAGAUGGUAAGAAAAGUCGGUCCGAACACUCGCUGUCGAAUCUGGACCAGGACCUCUGUGAACUGGACCAGGAGUGUAACCAGAGACUAGCGGAGCUGAAGGAGCAGCAGCAGCAGCAGCUCCUCACGCUGCGACAGGAGCAGUACUACAGCGAGAAGUACCAGAAACGGGAACACAUAAAGCAGCUGGUUGAGAAGUUGACCAGCAUAGCAGAGGAGUGUCAGAGUGCUCAGCUCAAAAAGCUCAGAGACAUCUGUGAGAAAGAGAAGAAGGAUCUGAAGAAGAAAAUGGACAAGAAACGACAGGAAAAGAUAAAUGAAGCCAAAUCUAAAGACAAGAAUGUAACAGAAGAAGAGAAGUUAGAGAUCAACAGGUCGUUUGUCAAUGAGGUGGUUCAGUACAUUAAACGGUUGGAAGAUGCUCAGAGUAAAAGGCAGGAGAGGUUACUGGAGAAGCACAAGGACAUCCGCCAGCAAAUCCUGGAUGAAAGGCCAAAGCUACAGAGCGAUCUGGACCAGGAGUACCAGGACAAGUUCCGGCGGCUCCCUGUGGAGAUCCAAGAGUUUGUUCAGGACAGCAGCAAGGCCAAGCUUAGCGACGACGGCAGCGUCCACAGCGGGAACCUGGUUUCCUCCUCGACAGCGGAGAAGCUGAACCACAAGGCGUCGCAGUCGGAGGACGACAUGGAGGAGGGAUCGUCGGAGCGCGUCUACGACACGCCCCUUUAAACGACGCCGCUUUGCUUCACACUGGGACUCUGAUUGGUGGAUGUGGUUGUGGCCACAGAUACAGGAUGAGACUGCCCCAACUUUGGUCCUAAAUGUAACCAAUGGGAGGAUUAGAUCAAAUCUGAGCCUGACCUGGUGAGUAGAGGUCCUCUCUGCGUAGAAUGCAGUCCUGUCCAGAGAACCGCUUCAUGUAAAUAGUACUUUUUGUGUAUUUGUAUGUUCCCUGUAUGUUGUCGUCUCUUUCGGUACGGCCACAGGUUGUGUUACGAAAACACUAACUAUUUGCAGGAAUUAACUUACUUGAACUAUUGCACAGAGAGAGUAGUUUGUUUUUAUUAUUUUUUAUUAUCAUGACCGUAGUGGUGGUCGCAGAGCUGCGUGGUGCCAAGUUUUGAAUUCACUUACGGUGGAUUUUUGUCAUUUAAGUGGAGUCAACUCGUACUGUAAAGAAACCACUGCUUACUCAGCCUUUAAAGCUUCCAUCUUUAUAAGAUUUAAACCCACCUUUACAUAUUUGCACUGAAGGCUCACUAACUGUGUAACUCUUUUACUCAGAGGCACUGGUGGCUUGCUGGUUCUCCAUUUUUGUUCUCACAGAACUAAGCCUAUGUGUUGCUGCUAUUUUGUUUUAAAACCCAUCAUUUUUUUAACCAUUAUUUGGUUCGUGAGAUAUGUGGCAUGAUAUUAUGUCAUCCUUUCUUAGUUUUGGCUAGUUUUUAACAGUAGUUUGUGGGCACUUCUGUCCAGAGAGGACGAGAAGGGAAGGUUUGUUGUACAGUGUCUGCAUGUGUUUGAACAACUGUAAACGUUACAGUAGCUCUGUAGCAGAGAUGUUUAAUAAUGUAAAUCUAUUUUCUCUGAAACAUUUCAACUAAACCUGCAAAAUAGUUGACCCAGUGUGGCUUCGAUACAUCACUGUGGAAUACGUUGAACAGGACUGAAAGAGUCACGACACACUCUGUUUUUAGUUUUCUUUUGUACGACAGUAGGCGGCUCACAUUAACAGGCUGCUCUUUGUUUUCUUUCCUCUUUGCCCUGCUGAACUAAAACUGUCAAACCAGAAGCAGAAGAGGAUCCUGUUGUAGUUUAUGGAAGUGGCCUUCCUCAUAACUGGUUCAUUGUGUUGCUACAGUUCCCCUGCAAACGCAGCACAGAAAUUACCGUCAGCUCUAUUUGGACAGUCAUUCGCCUCUGCACACCACAAUAAUGGAUUUAAAAUGAAGCAAUCAAGAUGUGUUUGAACUGCGGACUUUCAGCUUUGAUCUCAACAAAAAUAUUUCAUUAACUGUUUAGAAAUUAGUCUUUUUUACAAUGUCCCUCCAUUUCCACAAGGUCAAGUCAGUAUUUUUUACUUAAAGCACACUUUAAACCACAUCUGCUUCAUCAAAACAAUUAAAUUAUAUGAGAAUAUGAUUGUAAAAUUCACCUAACGAGUUGAACUUUGGGUUCAACACCUUGUCGUGUUGUUUAAGGUGUGAUUUCACCUGAGUAAUUUACACUUUUGGAAUUAAAUACCAUCAAAAAUCAUAUAAAAUAUUACUUUUAUCUGACUACAAUACAGAUUAACGUUGAGAUCCUUUGGAAUUUUAAAUUAUGGAGUUUAAUCUAACAAAUUUAAACAUUAAACUUAGACCCGACAGCAUUAUUACUUUUGAAAAUUAACCUUAAAUUAAAAUUAAUGUUAAUUAAAGAUUGUGACCGUAACAAAUGACAUGAAACAUGAAAAUCUAACAAAUCUAAGGAUUUCCUGUAUGCCCUAUGAGCCAGCAUUGAUUUUUGUUUUUAGAAUAUAUUUUAUGUAGAUUGGUUUACGAGUUUUUGGGUGUUUUAUUUAUGUGGCUGCAUAAAGUUUAGGCAUCACCAAAUGCCGAGUUCCACCCCUUGUUAGGCCCUUACUGCAGUUGUUGCUUCUUUUGGGGUAUUUCUUCUCUGAGUUUUGUCUUCAGUAAGUGAAAAGCAAAUCAGUUAGGUUGAGAUCAGGUGACUGACUUCUUUGCUUUUAGCUCUCUUUGCAGUAUUUUUGGGUAAUUUUCCAUCUGUACACCUCAGAAUCCAUCCUGCUACUUCUGUCACAUCAUCAUUAAGCAGCAGCGAUCCAGUUCCAUUUGCAGUCAUCCAUGUCUAUGCCAUAAUACUGCCUCCACCAUGCAUGACAGAUGAUAUAGGAUUCUUCUUUUGCCAUCAUUCUGCUCAUCUGAGGUUUCAUCCGUCCAAAUAAUCUUUGUAGAUUUCUGCUACCAAAGUCUAAUAUGGCCUUUCUGUUCUUUAGAGUUAUCAAUAGUUUCUUGUUAAGAAAAGUUCUCUGUAUUUACAUUCAUGAAGGCGUCUCUUAACUUCCUCCUCGAAAGUGUUGUGAAAAGGUUCUUCUACACCAAGGAAGGAAUUCUACAAUCAUCAACUUCAGUUGUCUUCUAUAUUCUUCCUGGCCUUUUGGUGUGGCUGAACCAACCACCUGUAUAUUCCUCCUCAUGAAGAAUGUACCAAAUUUUUGACUUGGCCACUCUCUGAUUUGUUGUUUUUAGCCUAAUGAUUGCUUCCUUCACCUGCAUUGACACCGCUUUCGACCACAUAUUUCCAUGACAACUCAGUCUCCACAAAAUUUGAAAUGAUCUAGACUGUGUUCUCAGUUACAUUUUAAGGGAAUCACAUUCUCUGCUGCAUUAUUACUAAUACCUUUCAAAUCAACAUUUGUUUCCUGUUACUUUUAUUGCUUCACUGUCUCUCCUUUUCAACCAGCCAAUCAUAUAACAGAUGAUUCCAGUAAUCCAGAAAAUGGAGGAGAAGCUUCCUAGAAGUAGUAAAAGGGUCCUAUUGUAGACCACACCGUCACAUUUUCCCUAACUUUCCUCAAAACAGAACUUAAAAUCUACCUUAGUUGUAUCAGAAGAUAGAUCUGUGAAGGCAGGGUGACCUUGAACACCCACCGAAUGCAAAUUCAACACUUGGAAUCCAGUCUAGAUCUUUAAAUGCUUAAUUAAAGCUAAAAAUCUGCACUUCAGUCAUACCGCGACAGCUUCAUUAAAUUCAGUUAUGGAGUUGUAAAGAGCAGGAAGGUGUAAAGAGGCAAAAACUGUUCAAUUGCAAAUAGAACUGACUGCAUGUUGUGUGCUGACAUUAUUCUUAUCAUUUGCCCACAGUCGUAAACUUUAAAGUGGGUAAACAGUUCAGUCAUGUUUAAACUGACCACAGAUGCUCAUUUUAUAUCCACCAGCGUUCACAUGAACACAUUUAUAACUGGACAUUUCCCUCUUUAACGUGUAAAUUUCCUUAUUUUGGUAUGUUUGACUUCUGGUGCCAUUUAACUCACAGGUGUGUCACUUGAUAUCGAAUCACGUUUCAGCUGAUUUUCCUUUUAAAAGACAAAGUGAAGGAUUACCUGACAUGUAAGUACAAAUUACACUUUAAAAAGAUAUAGAUGUGAGAGUCCUGUGCCUUUGAAUGGGUUUGCCUCGUUUGAUGUUGAAUGUGUGAAAUGCAUCAUUGUUUAAAUUGCCAUUAUAUUAUUACGAAGCUGUCUGGUAUUGAAUAGACCGUGUGCACUUUUUUAGUACAGUACCACUACUGAGUAAUGCUUGUGACGAGCAGUAUUUGACGUGUCUCGCAAGAAAAGAGAGACUUUUUUCUUUUUUUCUUUUGUGUCUUAUUUAACAGCCUCCCUCCUUCUUCUCAUCAACUUAAGUGUAUGCACUCUGGAAAUGUAAAUGUAUGUAUGACAAUAAGGAUAAAACAUGACGAUGAGAAAAAUAUAGUGUAAAGGGAAUUUGCUUGUAAUUAAAAAUAAAUGUGGCUAUUAUUGUA